CACGACCUCAUUAGGCUGCCCAAUUAUCAAUUACGUGUGAAACAUAUUCCAAUUCCCACGUACAGGAAAUUCCAAUUUCCAACAGCCAAUAACAGCCAGUUCAAAGAUUUUCACUCCUAAAAUAUUUGCAACAAACAAACAUACACACACAAACACAACACAACACACACCAGCUUUCCUUUUCCCCCAUACUUCUGAGCUUCCGAGGUUUUGUUCAUCUUCAAACCCCCCAAGAAUAAUAAAAAAAUAAUAAUCCAAAUUUCUUUAAAUCAGAAAACCCUAUUUUCCCAAAUCUCAGAUUUUGGUCACAGAAAAAAAAGAAAAGAAAAGAAAGCUCCUUUAUCCUUUGAUUCUCUUUGUUUGUGCAUUUUUUUUUACAAGUAUGGGGGACAUGAAAGACAAGGUCAAAGGGUUCAUGAAAAAAGUCAACAAUCCCUUCUCAUCUUCAUCUUCAUCUUCCGGUAAAUUCAAGGGCCAAGGUAGAGUCUUGGGAUCUUCUUCUUCUUCUUCAGGACCCACUAAUCCAAUUCUCCCUCGCCCUUCUCCCCAAAUUCAAAACCCAUCUCCACAGCCUCGGAAAGAACCCAAUUUUGUGACUUCAAAUUCCAAACCCAAGCCUUUACCUCAGAAAGCACCCAUUUCUGAUCACAAAGAUAGCUCGGAUUUGACGAAUGAUUCGACCCCAAAUCGCAAACCUGCAAAUGGGUUUGAUCCAUUUGACUCAAUGAUCACUUCUGGGAAGAGAUCACAAAAUGGGUAUUCACUAAAUGUGUAUGAAUGUCCGAUUUGUGGGCAGUCUUAUAGGUCUGAAGAAGAGGUGUCUGCACAUGUGGAUACUUGUGUCAAUAACUCGGUUGAAGCUAAUGGUGGUGGUGGUGGUGGUGGUUCGGAUUUGGCCGAUAAUGGGGCGGAGUCUAGGAGUGAAUUGGAGUGUCGCGUUGGUGCUUUUGUGUCCGGGAAGCCAUCGGAGGGAUCGAUCGAGGUUGUUCUUAAGCUGUUGAGGAAUAUUGUGAGGGAACCGGAGAAUGCCAAGUUUAGGAGGAUUCGGAUGAGUAAUCCGAAGAUAAGGGAAGCCAUUGGUGAGGUUGCAGGAGGGGUUGAGUUGUUGGAGUUUGUAGGUUUUGAAUUGAAAGAAGAGGAUGGAGAGAUGUGGGCUGUCAUGGAGGUCCCUACAGAGGAACAGAUUAGUUUAAUUAAUCGUGCAACCGGGUUAUUGGGACCGCAAAAGGUUGAGGAGCCACAAAAGAAAGAAGAUUUGCAGUCUGCAGCUUCAGCUAUUGUGGAAAAACAGAUUGAACCAAAGAAGGUCGACAGGCAGGUCCGGGUAUUCUUUUCUGUCCCUGAAAGUGUAGCAGCAAAAAUUGAGCUACCGGAUUCUUUCUAUAACCUCUCAUUGGAAGAGAUCAAAAGAGAAGCUGAUAUGAGGAAGAAAAAGAUGGCAGAAUCUCAGCUCUUGAUCCCAAAGUCAUUCAAGGAAAAGCAGGCAAAAGCUGCUAGGAGGCGGUACAAAAAAACUGUUAUCCGGAUUCAGUUUCCUGACGGAGUGGUGCUCCAAGGUAUCUUCAAUCCUUGGGAGCGAACCAGCUCUCUCUAUGAGUUUGUUGGCUCAGCACUAAAAGAACCCAACUUGGAGUUUGAGCUGUUACAUCCUGUAGUCGUGAAACGAAGAGUGAUCCCUCAUUUUCCAGCCGCAGGAGAGACUGCCACAACACUAGAGGAUGAGGACUUGGUGCCCUCAGCUCUUAUCAAGUUCAGACCUAUUGAAACAGAUUCAGUAGUUUUCACCGGCCUAUGCAAUGACCUGCUUGAAAUUUGUGAACCACUUGUGAAUGAUUCAGCAGUUCCAAAAUAAGCUUCAAUACAUUUGGUAUUUUCACUGGGUCCAUAUAAAAAUUUAAAGUCAGCUCCUCAGUAUCCCUGAAUCAUGUUGUACUUUUCAGCCAAAUUGUACUCUCUCUCUCUCUCUCUCUUUCUCUCUCUACAAGCAUAAAUGGAUCUACCUUUUUCAGUAUCUCUUUCAUGUUGUACUUUUCAGCCAAAUUGAAUUCUCUCUCUUUAUACAAGGUUAAACGGAUCCUACCUUUCAUGAAGUGCUUCUUGCUGUUCUUGAAAUGUCCUUAACCAGAGCUCUUGAAAGCAUUUCUGAUCAUAUGAGGAUUGUACGAUAAAAUUCAUUUGUACAGUAAAGUGUAUUAAAGGUCAGUUUAAAUUGUUUUGGACUUAUUAAGAACAGGUUUUUAUUUUUACUUCUUUCAAUUAGUAUAAAUUUUAUGCUAUCUAAUUCUUGCAGACCUGCCAUGUGUGGGUUGUUAAAGAUGUUGCACUCUGCAAGCCCGUUGAAAUGAGGAUGAUUUUGUAGUGAGUUGUAA